AGACCACUCUCAGGCAAGAUUGGUCGCCUCAACUGCCAAUACUGCAAAGAACUGCAGAAGUGCGGAUAGGGAGCGCACGUGUGUACAACCACAUGGAUUGGCUGCCAUCGCUUGCGGCACCGCCACACAUUUGGUUCGCCUUGUUUUCUUCGAGUACCAUGAAAUAUGCGGACCAUUUAAUCGCCAGAGACUACGGUCUGACUGCGCUCUAUGUUCUUGAGCCUAUCUUCCCUGUCAUCUAGCUCUUCUUCAUCCCUGCGAACAUACUUGAAAAUUCUCAGGCUUGGUAUCGUUCCAGUUAUUCGGUUGUUGUGUUACAUCUUAGGCCCACUCCAAUGGCCACCAGCAUUGGCAGGCUCCAAGCGGCGCUCAGCUCGGUCACGAGCGAAGUGACCGUAGCUGCCGCCAACAUCAAUUUCGACUUCACGCUCGUCAAGUGCGAAGCACCAGCUGAAUAUCGUUCCUUGGAGCAACAGCUCACGCCUGCACGCAAGGCCGAGGCAGAAUGCGGCUCACUGCACGUAACCGCGCGAAGGCUUGGGGCGCUUUUCGAGGAGAUUUGCCCAGUUGCGCCUAGGCUGAUUGGUGCUUUUGGCAAGCGUGCAUCUGAAAUAACCCAAAAGGCGAACCAAAAGUCCACGCCGCUACCGUCGGCGGCGCGAAGCAUAUUUUCUGACUACAUCGGCGUCGAUAUUUGCGCGUUGUGGGCAGCCGCGACCUCGAGCAAAGCGGCUCUUCCAUUGUUUCUUCUCGCAUGCAUGCUGGCGCGGAUUUGGGAUGAUGCCGAGGCCACAGCGCUUUGGUGUGAGAUUGUAAAAGAUAGGAGGAUGGACAUUGCGUCCCGCCUAGAGGCAGGAGAACCAGUCCCAUAUACCGCAGUCUCGGCGGCCGCACAGCAAGACAUUCCUCGAGAGCAGCUCGCCAAGUGGGACGCCAGCGCCCGCGCCUUCCUAAAGACUGCCGAUGACAUGUGUUCAAUGCAGCGGAAGCAAUUCAACUUGAUAGCCCACAACAUAGAUGUCCCAGUCAGCAUAGGGAAUGACCAAAGGCCCUACCACGGGAUCGUGGCGACAUGGACGAACGCCAUGAAAACUCUGGAGAAGCUCAUCUGCGGGCAGCCGUAUGCCGUGCUGGAUGGCUCGAUCCUGCUCGGGAUUUCAUCCUGGCACAUUUACCCCGACAUGACAGUGUUUGGCUCUGGUCCAGGAAAACAAGUCAUAAUGAGGGACCCAUUAGUCGACAGUGGGGGUGUUGCCUCGCUCGGCAUCAAAGAUUCGCCGCUCCAGGGCGCAGAAAGCCAGAAUGGAGGAGUCUUCUGGUCCCUGUCACUUGGCCACUACAAGUUCUAUGGAAAACCCACCAACAGAACAUCCAGGCUCGACGAGGAUCGCAGCAGGUUAACCUUUUCCGAGUUGCAAGUAGCCACAAUCGGCGCGCUGCUAUCGGCGUGGCACGUUCCGGUGUCCAUGACAGACAGAGCCCUGAAAUGUCUUUUGAAGAUUCUUUCUUUCUUGCCUUAUGAUGGUGAAGAUCGAAGAGACCUAUGGAUCAAGACAAUGACCGAUCCGGUGGUCAUGUGUCUCUCUGAGCCAGAAGAUACAGCGGCUCUGAUAGCACUUGGUAGGCGUCGGUCUGUAUUCAUUUCUUCCAGAAAAGAUGGAGCUGGCCAGCAGGGGUUGAACUUGAACCCGGUAAAUGACUUUUUCGCACUUAGAGCUCCGCCUUACCCUCUUCUCGACCUCAUUGAAAUUGUGGCUGGGGCUGGCUCUCUUCUGUGGAGAAUAGCUUUGCGGAUGGACGAAUAUUCAAAGGAGGACUUUAUGUUUGUUUUCUAUUGUUGGAUCAAUGGAAAAAGGGAGCUUGGUGGGGCCCGAAUCAUCCCCAAGAAUGCAAGUGCCGACAAAGUGCAGUUUGCUUCAUCCUACGGUGGCAUCACAGCGGAAAGCCUGGGUUUAGGUGCUGGAGAAGCAUGGGAAAUCGGCCCCGUCGACUUUAAACAUGGAGAGAAGUUGAGUUUUAUCAUGACGAGAGGGUCCGCGGAAUAUCGACACCUGAUCGGACAGCGGAGCCCCAUCGGGGUCUACGUUAUUGAUAGCAAUGGUGGUGAUGCCCGUCUACCUCUGCUCGAGUAUGAGGACAUCACCUGGUGUAUCGACAACGGGUACAUCAGUCCCGAGGAUCUCAAAUCUGCCCUGACAGGCACGAGUUCAAAGCUAGAACAGAAUCUGGACAAUGGAGUCCUUUACAACUUUUGCCACUUGGGAUUGGCCUCAAUCAUCUACCAGGAUUUAAACCUCGACGGCGUUACGAUAUCACCCAAAGCUCUUUCGAGUCCCCUCAGUGCUGUCUUUGAGUGGUAUCGACUCUACGCAGGCACGGAUCUGCAUUUGCAAAAGUAUGCGUCUAGAUUGACUAAAAGGUUCAAGCGCGAGAGUUCUUGGCGACUUGUUGCAUUUUUUGAGACGGGAGAAGUAGUCGUGGGAUUCGAAGCCAAAAUACCUGCUCUUGGAUUGGCUGUUGGCGACUCGAUAUUUGUCCCCAGAAAACUCCUUAUCGACCCAUACGAGUCUCCAGAUAUGGAGAACUUCCGUGUCGGCAGGCUUCUGGGCAGCCUUGGCCACUCGGGAAUAACGAUUCUUCAGCCCGCAGACCCCCAGGAGCUCAUGGUUCGUGAUCUAGACGCAGGGGCGUGGAGGUUGAGCCUGAAGCCGUUCUCGGGCGAGCCGGGGGACGACUUUGCCAAGACGUCGCUCCACCUCGGCUUCACGGGCUGGCAGGCCCCGGUGUUCGUCAAGCAGUCGGUCGGGACGCAGCUCUCGAGCGCCAACGUGUUGCAGGUCUUUGUCUCGGUCCGCGAUUCCGGUGAGUGGGUAGCCGACGUGGACGUUUUGGGGAUGCUCACGCACGGAGACGUCGAGUUUCUGGAAAGCGACGAGACGUGCCCCCACCGGCGGCAACGUGGGCACUCGGGCGCUGCUCCAGCUGCCGAUGGCGUUCCCGACGGCAUGUUGUUGAUCGAGACGUGGGAUCAGAUACUGGAUCUGCCAGAGGGCUGGCUGGUGGCCAGGGCAUGUGGGAACUGGGUUUCACGCCUUGCCAUUGCAUCGGUGGCAGCGCUUCACUGCAGGCUAAGAGAGAAGCGGGUAUACAUCUGUCCCCAGGACAAGGAUUGGUGCUGGUUGUGCCUCGAGGAAGAGCAUCGGAAUGCGAUUUUUGUGUACUAGCACUCGUUUAUUCCUAGUCUAAUUCUAGAAAAGGCAAACAGCCAUAAUGUCC